AUGACUUACCUCUUUUACUUUGAUAUUUUUAUACGCAAGAACAGCUUUACCGGUCAAGAGCCUAAUUUCCUCGCAGACGUUCAACAACUAGUCAAGACUUGCGGCAAAGCAGGAAGAGAUCCACACAAUCAUCUGCUGGACGCAAUGUUGGCUCUGGGUGCUAUGCAAGCAAAUAUCCUUGGCGGAUCAGGCUGCCACAAUAGCCUGCGUUUCGCGCUUGAACAUUACUUGCAGUCCAUAACCUCUCUCCAAGGAGCUGUCCUGGACUCCACAUUGACACGGAAAGACGGCAUUCUCUGGUCAACCUUUUUCCUAGGGCUAUUCGAGUUGCUUCAAGACGCCUCUGGCCAGAAGUGGCUACAGCACAUGGUCUUCGGCACAUCUCAGGCUCUCAUCGCCAGCGGGCCGUCAGCAUGUACCUCGGGAACAAUGCGAAACUUCUUCAUACAGGCACGAACUUUUGAAGUCUGUAGAAGCAUAAUUUUCAACCAGUCCAGCUUCCUGACAGCACCAGAGUGGAUGAAGGUGACACGCAAUUUAUCGGAAGAGGCAAACAUUCAAAGUCGGGCUUCUGUAGAUGAUAUCCUAAACAUCAUUGUGUUAUGCUCUAGGCUCAGAGCACGUACGGGUCAGUUCAUCAGAAGUCACACCAGCUUCGCCGGGGUUGAGGUCCCAUCCAUCGAUGCGCUAGAACUUGCCACAGAGGGCUUCUAUCUUCGCGAUGCACUUGAAAAUUGGAAGCUUGAUGCAUCAUUUUCAUCUGUCCAACACAACGAGAUGCUUCUCGCCAUGAGCUACUACUCGGCAACAAGCAUAUAUCUCUCCGGAAACUAUGACUACGACCUACAUCACUGGCAGGCAAUGACCGUUGCGGUACCGGUACUAGGCCGAGUUGAGAUAUUGAAGCAUGUUGAAGACAUCUUGCAGACAACCAGGGAAGCGCUUCGUUCCUCUACUCUAUCGCCGCUUCUGCACCUUUUCCCACUACGAGUAGCAGGGGCAAGGUCCCGAGAACAUUCCCAGCGGCAGGCCGUCACUGAGUGUCUGCUCGAAGUCAAAAAGCAAUUUGCUGUUGCUGAUGCGAUGUUGGUCGAACUCUACGAGCUGUGGUCUCUAACUCCCACUACGCCUAUCAAUCCAACACCCUUAGCCAGUUGA